AUGCCCCUGCGUGCAAGGCACAUAUCCUUUUCUCGUCGUUCUUUUGAUUCUUUCUUACAAGCUAACUACAUAAUAUCUGCGUUUUUGGGGUUUAUUUUCCUUGACUUCAUUAUCUCACGUGAUGAUGCUGUUUAUGACGAGCUUAAGAAACCAGAGGCUGAGAAGGUGGCGUUGCCAUUAGAUGAAGAUCUUCCUGGGAUGGGUCAAUACUACUGUUUACACUGCGAUCGGUAUUUUGCGAACAUCACAGUGAGAGAUGACCAUUUCAAGACGAAAAAGCACAAGAAGCGAUUGAAGAUAAUGGCGGGUCCCGCACCACACACACAGCUCGAUGCUGACCUGGCAGCUGGAAUGGGCAUGCCCGAUAAUGGACCAAAGUUAAUGUCCAUGUGAGCUUAGUUUCUCUGUUUUUGUCGAUACUUUAUGUUUCUUGAAUUCAAUAUGCAAUGUAAGAAGAAUCAAACCUUCAAAACACAAAUCAAUAUCAUAGAAGUAAUAUUAUUAUUAUUCAUCUUCUUGUUAAAUUGAAGUUAGUUUCAUUGUGUUUCUUUUUUGCUUUCCAUGGUAUUAGAGUACUAGUACUAUUGUUUUCAUGGAGUGUAAACAUUACAUAUAAACUAUAUAGUAUUAGAGUACUAUUAUUGUCACAAGAUAUAAAACAUUGGCAUAUGAAAUGAAGGCCACUUAAAGACCUAAUCAUGUGGACCACUCUAUCUUGUUACCCAAACUUUGGUUGGUUGCUAUCACCAUAUGAGACCAC